AUGUCACCGUCAGCUUCGUCAGUGGGUUUCUCCAAUCUGCUGAACCCACAGUCCGACUCGCUUGAGUCAACAGAUAACACCUCUUCACCUGCUACCACUACCGGCACAGACUCCAAUUCAGACAAGGAAAUGGCUUCUUCUGUCAGUCUGCUCCCACCGCUCAUGAAGGGCGCCCGCCCCGCCGCAGAGGAGGUGCGACAGGAUCUUCCACGCCCCUACAAGUGUCCUCUUUGCGAUCGUGCUUUUCAUCGUCUAGAGCACCAAACUCGUCACAUCCGUACUCACACCGGCGAGAAACCUCAUGCCUGUCAAUUUCCAGGCUGCACGAAACGGUUCAGUCGUUCAGACGAAUUGACUCGUCACUCGCGCAUUCACAACAACCCCAACUCGAGAAGAAGUAACAAAGCUCAGCAUAUUGCAGCUGCGGCUGCGGCGGCUGGUCAGGAUGCGGGUAUGCUCAACGCUGCUACCUCGAUGAUGCCCCCUCCUAGCAAACCCAUUACCCGGUCGGCUCCAGUUUCCCAGGUCGGGUCUCCUGAUGUGUCUCCUCCACACUCAUACACCAACUACGCUUCGCAUUUGCGAGCGGUCGAGCGCGACCACUACGGAGGAUCGUCUCGUCACUAUCCGUUCAGCUCUCGCUACUCGGGCACUCCCGGUCGUUUGCCAUCGCUUUCUGCGUAUGCCAUUUCUCAGAGCAUGAGCCGGUCGCAUUCUCACGAGGACGAGGACAACUACGGACAUCACCGAGUCAAGCGCUCUCGUCCUAACUCACCAAACUCGACCGCGCCAUCUUCGCCUACUUUCUCUCACGACUCCUUGUCGCCUACUCCCGAUCAUACUCCUCUCGCAACUCCAGCACACUCGCCUCGUCUGCGUCCUUAUGGUGCCGCUGAUUUGCAAUUACCCUCCAUCCGUCACUUGUCAUUACACCACACCCCGGCGCUCGCCCCAAUGGAGCCUCAAGCUGAGGGACCUAAUGUUUACAACCCUGGUCAGCAACACGGUGGACCCAGCAUCACCGACAUCAUGAGCAGACCCGACGGCACACAGCGCAAGCUUCCCGUUCCGCAAGUACCCAAAAUUCCGGUACAGGACAUGUUGGCGCCGAACGGAUUUUCAUCCAAUACUCCGUCCGUCAACGGCUCCGUGAUGGAACUAUAA